CAGCAGGAGUGUGACUAUCUGCAGAUGAUUGAGGUGCAGCACCAGCAGUGCCUGGAGGAGGCCCAGCUGGAGAAUGAGACCACAGGCUGCAGCAAGAUGUGGGACAACCUCACCUGCUGGCCAGCCACCCCUCGGGGCCAGGUGGUCGUCUUGGCAUGCCCCCUCAUCUUUAAGCUCUUCUCCCCCAUUCAAGGCCGCAACGUGAGCCGCAGCUGCACCGACGAGGGCUGGACACACCUGGAGCCUGGCCCCUACCCUGUUGCCUGUGGCUUGGAUGACAAGGAAUCGAGUUUGGAUGAGCAGCAGCAGACAAUGUUCUACAAUUCUGUGAAGACCGGCUACACCAUCGGCUACAGCCUGUCCCUCGCCACCCUUCUGGUCGCCACGGCUAUCUUGAGCCUGUUCAGGAAGCUCCACUGCACGCGGAACUACAUCCACAUGCACCUCUUCAUAUCCUUCAUCCUGAGGGCUGCUGCUGUCUUCAUCAAAGACCUGGCCCUCUUCGACAGCAGGGAGUUGGACCAUUGCUCCGAGGGCUCGGUGGGCUGUAAGGCAGCUGUGGUCUUAUUCCAGUACUGUGUCAUGGCCAACUUCUUCUGGCUACUGGUAGAAGGCCUCUACCUGCACACCCUGCUUGCCGUCUCCUUCUCUGAGCGGAAGUACUUCUGGGGGUACAUACUCAUCGGCUGGGGGGUGCCCAGCACAUUCACCAUGGUGUGGACCAUCAUCAGGAUCCAUUUUGAGGACUAUGGAUGCUGGGACACUAUCAACUCCCCAUUGUGGUGGAUCAUAAAGGCCCCCAUCCUCACCUCCAUCUUGGUGAACUUCAUCCUGUUUAUUUGCAUUAUCCGAAUCCUGGUUCAGAAACUGCGGCCCCCAGAUAUCGGGAAAAGUGACAGCAGCCCAUUCCCGAGGCUGGCCAAGUCCACGCUCCUGCUGAUCCCUCUGUUUGGAGUGCACUACAUCAUGUUCGCCUUCUUCCCUGACAACUUCAAAACUGAAGUGAAAAUGAUCUUUGAGCUCGUCGUGGGCUCUUUCCAGGGAUUUGUGGUGGCCAUCCUCUACUGCUUCCUCAAUGGUGAGGUGCAGGCGGAGCUGCGGCGGAAGUGGCGGCGCUGGCACCUGCAGGGCAUCCUGGGCUGGAACCCCAAAUACCAGCACCCGUCGGGAGUUAGCAACAGCGCCACGUGCAGCACGCAGGUCUCCAUGCUGACCCGCGUCAGCCCGGGUGCGCGCCGCUCCUCCAGCUUCCAGGCCGAAGUCUCCCUGGUCUGACCGCCAGGUGCUCAGAGGCAGAAGGGGGCCCCUCCCACCCCCUUCCACCCACCCCGGCCAGUACCGGCGGCAGAAGCCUACCCGGGCGCGGCCAGCCCCAGCCCUGGGCUGGGAGGCUGCCCGGGCUCCCAGGCCACUCUCCGGACACUCCUAGAGAACGCAGCCCUCGCACCUGCCUGGAGCGUUUCUAUGCAAGCAGGAGAGCUGGGAGGACGUGGGGUGGAACUCAGUCAUCAGACUCCUCCUCCAGAGGCCCCCUCUACCAGUCAAGAGCAAGAAAUCUGCAUACUCUCAUCCUGACUCCGCCCCCGGCAUCUCUUCUGAAAAAUCGGCGGAAAGCAAUCGCCCAUCCUCAAACAACUUUGGUGUUAUCUGGGGGCAGAAAGGUCCUGCCCCAAAAGGUCACUCAUCGCCACCACACCAAAUAGUGCCUGAAAUUCUACCAUUGCUGUCAAGUUCCUUUGGUUUAAACACUGCCAUUCAGGCAUCAUCUCUGAAGCAGCAGUAAAUUUUCCCUGUGUCCUCAUAAGUGCCAGCUUUUCAAGAUGUGUGUUUCUAUGCUUCAGGUAAAUGCGGUUGUGAUUUGGUGUUUUGGUUUGGGGAGGACGGCUAUGUUUGUAGUCCCCACUGAAGCGGAGUGGUUCCAGCGUCAGUCUGGUAGCUGGGACAAUACAACCCAGGCACUGAGGAACUCUGGGGCCUCUAGGAAUUGAGAGGACUUCCACAAGAGAACACUGUGGCCUCAGACUAAGCCUACCUGUUCUCCAAGCCUCAGUGGCUUCGUCUGUCAAGUGGAAUCAGUCGCACCCAUCUUUAUGGGCUGUGGAAGCAGCAGCCAUGAAGACUGCCCUCCUUGGCUGCCCAUCUAUGUGUCAACUCCUGUAGAUAUGGCUGAUGGGAAAGUGAAAGCACAGACUCUUAACUGCUACCUUUUAUAUACUGUAACCAGCCGACCCUGUUUGGUUAUUUAUAUCACCACUGAUAUUAUUAUUGCCGUUAUUCCUGUAUCUCCAUUCUCAUCCCACCCUCCCUGGAUUGUGGCUGAGGAGUCCUCCAACCCAUGUAUCUGUUUGCCAAGAGCAUAGGGGUCGUGGCAUCCUCUGUCUGCUCUUCACCCCUGUGGCCACACAGCUUCCUACCCACGCCUCCACCAGAAGAUCCACUCAGGACUGCAACAGGCUUAUGCAGCAAUAAAUGUUGGCUUGGAUUGGC